GUCGUCGCGGUUGACGUCCAACCCACCACCGCGCGCACAGCAGCUGGAGCUGGUGCACACUUGUCACCCGCUACUGCGCCGGUCAUCUAGCAGCCACAGACAGUGGUAUCUGAGCACGUCACGUACGUGCUCGGAAAUUGCCAUCUUUUUGGUGCUACUCGCCACUAGUCACCGGCGGCUGCUGCCCCGAAGUCGCGUCGCAGAGUUUCUGUGCUGGCCGUUGGGCGCGCGCGCGAGCGAGCGAGCGAGCAGGGUGGAGCUUCCUCCGCUGUCUCCAGCGGCUUCGCGUCGCGUCGCGUGGUCUUUGGUUGCGCUUGCUAGCUAGAGAGCGACGGCCUAGAUGCCGCCGCCGGCCGCCGGGUCGUGGGCGUGGGCGUGCUGCGGCCGCGGGAGGAGGAGCAAGGGAGGCGGCCAGGGGGACGAGGACAGCGCCGGCGCGUCGGGGCGGGAGGGGGGCCAGUGGACGCUCUUCAUCGACCUGCCCGUGCUGGAGGCCGCCACCGCCGGCUUCUCCGACCGCAACCUGCUCGGCCGCGGCGGCUUCGGCCCCGUCUACAAGGGCGUGAUGGAUGGCGGGCAGGAGGUCGCGGUGAAGCGGCUGUCGCUGGAGUCGCGGCAGGGGGUGCGGGAGUUCCUCAACGAGGUGCGGCUGCUGCUCAAGGUGCAGCACCGCAACCUCGUCUCCCUCCUCGGCUGCUGCGCCGCCGCCGGCCAAAAGAUGCUCGUCUACCCAUACUUCCCCAACGGCAGCCUCGACCACAUCCUGUUCGACAGGGAGAAGAGGGUGCAGCUAGACUGGCCAAAACGGCACCAAAUAAUCCUCGGACUAGCAAGGGGCCUCCUGUACCUCCACGAAGAGUCUCCGGUGAAGAUCAUCCACAGAGACAUCAAGGCGAGCAACGUGCUCCUCGACGAGAAGCUGAACCCGAAGAUCUCGGACUUCGGCAUGGCGAGGCUCUUCCUCGAAGACGCCACACACGUGAACACAUUCAGGAUCUCUGGCACAUAUGGUUAUAUGGCCCCAGAGUACGCGAUGAACGGGUACCUGUCGACCAAGACCGACGUUUUCAGCUUCGGGAUGCUGGUGCUGGAGAUCGUCAGCGGGAGGAAGAACAUCGACCGGCAUCUCGGCGACGAGAAAGUCGAUCUGUUGAAUUACACAUGGAAGCUGUCGGAGGAAGGGCGGUCGCUGGAGAUCGUGGACCCGGGCCUGUCCGGCUGGGACGCCGGCGAGGUGGGGAUGUGCGUGCAGCUCGGGCUGCUGUGCUGCCAGGCCGUCGUGUCGGAGCGGCCGGACAUGUACAGCGUGCACCUCAUGCUCUCCAGCGACUCCUUCACGCUGCCCAAGCCCGGGAAGCCGGCGAUCCACGGCCGGAUCGGCCGGUGGAUGAGCACCACCGGCUCGGCGUCCAGCGCCGCCUCCGGCGGGAACACGAACAGCACGUUCGCCACAGACACGACCAAGGCCUCGACGCUGGGAAACAUUGCUGAGGAUGAAUCCAGGAACUCCAUUUCCAUAUCCUUCACCACGGAAGGCCGGUAAAAUGAUGAUCAGAAGAAAUCGAUGUAAUGUUGCUGCGAGUAAUUAAUCAAGUGUAGAUUUAUCGAAAAGGUGUGGUAGCACCAGGGGGUCCCGACCUCGGGUUAUCUUGUCCGUUGAGCGUCUAGAUUCGGAAAAUGGUCUAUUGUAUGUCCACUUUUGCUUCGGUA